AUGCCGCUCGUUCAACUUGAAGUCGAGAAUUUCAAGUCGUAUCGGGGCAAGCAGAUCAUCGGUCCUUUCAAUAGCUUCACAGCCAUCAGUGAGUGCGCGGGACAUAUUCGAGAGCGCUAUUGACUUCCCUACUAAAAAUGUUCUUGCCUCGUGCUGCACAGUCGGCCCCAAUGGAAGUGGCAAAUCGAACCUAAUGGACGCGGUGUCCUUCGUCCUUGGUGUAAAGUCGGCGCAGCUCAGAUCGAGCCAGCUGAAAGAUCUCAUAUACCGCGGAAGAAAGAUGGCUCGCGAAGAAGGCGAUGAAGAGGCCGAAGCUCUACGUUCUGAUGAGGAGGACGAAGGAGAAGGGACGGCUGGCAAAGCGAGCGUUAGCGCGGUGUACAGAGACAAACAAGGCGCAGAGUGGCGCUUCACACGAAAGUGAGUCUCGUCACCGAGUGUACCGGUAAAUGCGCUGCACUCAACGCUCACGCCUUUCGGUCACCCGCAUAGCAUCACAUCUUCGGGCGCAUCAGAGUACCGCGUCAACAACAAAGUGCAUUCUUGGAACAGCUACAACGAUCGACUGCGGUCCUUCAACAUUCUCGUCAAGGCGAAGAACUUCCUCGUCUUCCAAGGCGACGUCGAGGCUGUCGCGCAGCAAGGUCCAAAGGAGCUCAGCCGGCUGAUUGAUCAGAUCUCGGGGUCUUUGGAAUACAAAGAGGCUUACGAGGCCGCCAAAGCCGCACAAGAUCGCGCAAUCGAGCAGUCGACCUACUCGUUCAACAAGCGCAGGGGUAUCAAUGGGGAGCUUAAGACGUACCGAGAGCAAAAGAGUGAAGCGGAAAAGUGGGAGCGUCUGCAAAGCGAGCGUGACGCACACAUUUUGCAGCACAUACUCUGGCGACUAUACCACAUCGAAGAGGAACUAGAACAAACAUCCUCGACCAUCGAUUCGGAAAGCAGCAAGCUUCCACAGUUGAGGAAGCAGGUGCGUGACGAAGAAUCGCAUGUGGAGCAGGCGCGCAAGGAGGUCGCACAACUCGACAAAGACAUCGCGAAACAAGAAAGCUCCUUGCGCAAGCGAGAGCGCGAGCUCGAGGCUCUGCAGCCGAGCAUUGGAGCUAUCGACGAGAAGAUUGCCCACUCAAAUAGGAGACGCACAAAUGCCGAGGAAUUGUGUGUAAGCGUAGAGCGCGACGUAGAGCGCUUGACUGCACGAAUUGCCAAACUUCGUCGAGACCACGACUCCGCUAAAGACGCCGCAGACGAGGCAGCCGAGGAGCAGCGGCGAGCAGCGCAAGAGAGAGGUCAAGCGCUGAGUGGCCAAGAGCUCGCCGAGUAUCACGAGCUCAAAGCACAGGCUAACUUACGCGCUACGGCGGAGAGGCAGCAGCUUGAGACGCUUUCGCGAGACAUUCGCGCAAACAAGGCUACCGCCGAUGAGCUCGACGAAAAGCUGAAGGCGCUUCAGCGCGCCAAGGAGAAGCAGGAAGCAAUCUCCGAAAGCCAAAAGGAGCGGAAGCAGGCCCUGGAGGGACGUGCUCGUCAAGUCGAGAAAAGCUUGAAAGACGCCAGAAACGAGUUGACGCGCGUCCAAAAGCAGCGCGCUGACAUUGUCAAGCGCGAGGACGAGCUCAACAAGACGCUGGAAGACUGCGUCAACAAACUGUUGCAAGCGGGUAGCGACGCAAGGGAGACUGAAAGAGAAAUGCGCAUGAAAGAGACCUAUGCAGCUCUUGCGCGCAUGUUCCCGGGAGUUCACGGCCGCCUCGCGGAUCUCUGCAAGCCAGUGCAGCGCAAGUACGACACAGCAAUCUCCACGGUGUUAGGGCGCAACAACGAUGCUCUAAUUGUCGACAACGAAAAGACAGCAAUCGACUGCAUUGAAUACUUGCGAAGCCAGCGCGCUGGUCAAGCCACGUUCAUCCCACUCGACACCAUUCAAGUCAAGCCAAUCAACGAUCGCCUCAGAAACAUCGCAUCUGGUGCACGUCUGGCGGUAGACGUUCUGCAAUUCGAUGCCGCUGUCGAGCGCGCGAUGCAUUUUGCGUGCGGUAAUGCCGUAGUAUGCGACUCUAUGCCUAUCGCUCGCUUCGUAUGCUACGAGAAGAAGGUUGAGGUCAAAGCGGUCACGCUAGACGGAACGUUGAUCCACAAAAGCGGCAACAUCACCGGUGGUGUGACGGCUGGCGAAAGGACGCACCGAUGGGAAGAGCGAGAGGUUGACGGGCUGGGCCGUCAGCGAGAUCAAUGCCUGGCAGAACUGAAGGAGCUCGGCAAGCAGCGGUAUGAGCUGUCGCAAGACGAUGACCUGCGCUCGAGUCUGCAACGCAGCGAGGCGGAUUUGUCCACACUGCGCGAUGAGCUAACCGAAGUCAACAGCCGUCUUGACGGCGCCCGCGAUGAGCUCAAGAUCAUCAAUUCUCAAAUCAAAGACACGACCGGGCGUUUCAACAAAGCCCGCACGGCUCAACAAGACGCGGAGAAUCGCGCAACUGGUCUGAUGGAUACCGUCGAAGGAGCAGAUGAUGCAGUCUUCGGAGCCUUCUGUCAGCGAAUUGGCGUGCCCAACAUCCGGGCGUACGAAGCACGACAACUGCGCGUUCUGGAACAACAAAGCCAGGCGCGUCUGAAGUAUGAGGAGCAAAUGAAGCGACUCGAUCACCAAAUCAGAUUCGAAGAACGCCAAUUGGCCGAUGCGGAAGAGCGACUUGAGCUCAACCGCAGAGUCAUCACAAAGGAAGCUGAACGCGUACAAGCUCGACGAGCCGAGAAAGAGGAGUUGGAAGCGCAGAUCCAGGAGCUGCAGGAGAGAAUCGAGCAAGUUAACGAGCGUCUGGCGGAGUUGCGCGAGCAGCAACAGCAGCGCUUGAAGGCUCUCUCGGAAGCCAAGAAAAACGAAAUUUUGGCGAACAAAACCCUUGGCGCAAAAGUGACUGAAAUCUCGAGAUGCAAUGACGUGAUUGAAAAGCUUAGCGCAGAGCGCUCUUCCAUCUAUCGCCGAUGCCGACUUGAGGAGAUCGAUCUGCCUCUCAAGCAAGGAAGUCUGAGCUCCAUUCCGUUGGAAGACAAUCCGGAUCUUGCUCCCAUGGAUAUUGAUGAGGAUGUCACGCAGCGCGCGAUCGAAGCGGCAGAUUACGGAAUCGAAGUUGACUUCACUGAUCUCGACGACGAGGAGAAAGCAGACGGAGGUGAAGAUAUGGCAAAAGAGCUUCAAGGACGCAUCGACGAUGUGAUUGCGCAGAUCGAGCAAAUGCAACCCAACAUGAAGGCCAUCGAGCGACUAGAUGAUGCUGAGCUUAAGCUCAAGGAGACGGAGAAGGAGUUUGCGAGAUCGAGAAAUGAUGCUCAAAAGGCUCGCGACGAGUUCAAUCGCAUCAAGAAGAAACGCUGCGACCUGUUCAACGCUGCGUUUUCUCACAUUUCUGAACGCAUCGACUCGACGUACAAGGAGCUCACCAAAGGCAAGGCGUCUCCUAUGGGUGGUGUUGCGUACCUCUCGCUCGAAGACUCUGAUGAACCUUAUCUCUCGGGAGUGCGCUACCACAUCAUGCCGCCAAUGAAACGCUUCCGAGACAUGUCGGACCUGUCCGGAGGAGAGAAGACGAUUGGUGCGCUCGCACUGCUUUUCGCUAUAUCGACCUUCCGUGCGCCCCCUCUAUGGAUUCUGGACGAGGUGGACGCCGCACUCGACUCGACCAACGUCAGCAGAGUAGCCAAUUACCUUCGUUCUCACGCCUCGGAUCAGACUCAAUUCAUCGUCAUCUCCUUGAAGGCCUCCAUGUAUGAGCGAGCGAGCUCGCUUUGCGGCAUCUACCGCCAACAAGAUAUCAACAGCUCCAGAAGCUUGACCCUUGAUCUGGAUGCCUACGCCUAG